AUGCAAGAGUUAAAUCAAUUAAAAGCUGAAUUAAUAGGCAAAUUUUGUUUUGGGCGUGAUUCACAUGCAUCCUUUCAACUCUAUCGAUCAGGUGUUUAUGAUGAACCAGCAUGUUCAUCAAUACAAGAUGAUCAUUGUGCCUUAGUUGUUGGUUUCGAUGCUACGGAUACUCAACUCUAUUAUAUUGUUAAAAGUUUCUGGAAAACAUCAUGGGGUAACGAUGGUUACAUCUGGAUGAGUCGAAAUAAGAAUAAUCAAUGUGGUAUUGCCACGAGAGUGAGUUAUCCGCUUGUUGCACACUGGCAUUUAUUUUGUGAUCUAUAA